UAAGCGGCGGGAUGGAGGAGGUGCCCCAGGACUGUCCCGGGACUGGCAGCGCUCAAGCGGGCCGAGGGGCCUCAUGUCAAGGGUGCCCUAACCAGCGGCUGUGCGCUUCUGGAGCCGGCGCCGCCCCGGACCCGGCCAUAGAGGAAAUCAAAGAGAAAAUGAAAACCGUGAAACACAAGAUCUUGGUGCUGUCUGGGAAAGGCGGUGUCGGGAAAAGCACGUUCAGUGCCCACCUCGCCCACGGCCUGGCAGAGGAUGAAAACACACAGGUCGCACUUCUGGACAUUGAUAUAUGUGGGCCAUCAAUUCCCAAAAUAAUGGGAUUGGAAGGAGAACAGGUUCACCAGAGUGGUUCAGGCUGGUCUCCAGUGUAUGUGGAAGACAACCUGGCUGUGAUGUCAGUGGGCUUCUUGCUCAGCAGCCCCGAUGACGCUGUGAUCUGGAGGGGACCAAAGAAAAACGGCCUGAUCAAGCAGUUCCUCCGAGAUGUGGACUGGGGGGAGAUCGACUACCUCCUCGUGGACACGCCACCAGGGACGUCUGAUGAGCACCUCUCUGUUGUUCAGUAUCUGUCGGGGACGCACAUUGACGGAGCUGUCAUCAUCACCACGCCCCAGGAAGUAUCACUCCAGGAUGUCCGGAAAGAAAUCAACUUCUGCCACAAGGUGAAGCUGCCCAUUGUCGGGGUCGUGGAGAACAUGAGCAGCUUCAUCUGCCCCAAGUGUAAGAAAGAAUCACAGAUUUUCCCUCCGACGACUGGCGGCGCGGAGGCCAUGUGCCAGGACCUGAAGAUCCCUCUCCUCGGCAAAGUGCCUCUGGAUCCCCAAAUAGGAAAGAGUUGUGACAAAGGACAGUCCUUUUUCAGUGAAGCCCCAGAUUCAGCAGCCACGUUAGCCUACAGAAGUAUAAUCCAAAAAAUCCAAGAGUUUUGUAGUCCUCACCCUUCACAUGAGGAGAAGGUCAUCAGCUCCUGA